AUGGAAAUAACAUUUAACUCAACGACGGCAAGAGUUCCUUCCUUGCCGAUAAAUAAAUCAGACACUCGCGAUCGAAAUCCGUUUUCACUUUCCAUCGUGCCCCGUAACGGAUUCGUGCACCUUUCAUCCUCUCCAACACGCUUUCGCACUAACAAGAAUUCUCUCUUCAAGGUUUUAUCAGCUGAAAAGAAUCAUGUUCAAGUUGUUGAGGGAAGUGCUGUUGAUGAGAUCUAUGAUGCAUUGGUUAGACGAAUUCUGUCUCUGGCGUCAGUGUCGUUAAAUCCUACUUAUAAGUUUUUUGUUGGCCUGGCUGGUCCUCCUGGUGCUGGGAAAAGCACAAUAGCGCAUGAAGUAGCCAGACGCAUAAACAAGCUUUGGCAAGAGGAAGCUUCUUCCUUUGACUCCCAGGUCCAACCUCCUGAUGUCGCUGUUGUGAUUCCCAUGGAUGGUUUUCAUCUUUAUCGUUCUGAACUAGAUGCAAUGAAGAAUCCCGAGGAAGCACAUGCUAGAAGGGGAGCUCCAUGGACAUUCAAUCCUAUGCGACUUCUUACGUGUCUCAAGAACCUAAAAGUUCAUGGAUCAGUUUAUGUACCAUCAUUUGAUCAUGGUGUUGGGGAUCCCGUGGAAGAUGAUAUCUUUGUGAACCUACAGCAUAAAAUCAUUAUCGUAGAAGGUAACUAUUUGCUCCUGGAAGAUGGGGUAUGGAAGGAGAUUUCAUCUUUGUUUGAUGAGAAAUGGUUUGUUGAUAUUGACAUUGACAAAGCCAUGCAACGAGUUUUAAAGAGGCAUAUCUCUACUGGCAAGACUCGAGACAUUGCUGAGCAGAGGAUAGAGAACAACGACAGACUUAAUGCAGAACUUAUAAUGAAGUCUAAGAAAAAUGCUGAUAUAAUAAUCAAGUCAGUUGAUUUUUGA